UUUCAGCUACUGACCGAAGAUAUUGUCUAUUCAUUGACAGCUUGAUGUGGGUGUAUUGAUUCUACGUCGCCCUCACUGACCGAACACAAUACCGCUCCGUUGGCAGAUUGAUGUAAGCGCAUCGACCCGCAGUUGAAUUAGAGCACCACUAACCAAUGACAUUGCUGAUCCCUGUUGACAGUUUGUGAGUUCUCGAUCCUCAUCCUCAUUCGAGCUCUAGCUUUGUUCACCAAUGGCAUUGCUCAUCCAUCACCAGAAAGACGAGCUUCGCGACGAUCACCGUGUAGAGAUACGGUCUAGGUUACUCUCUGCGGCCUCCCACUCAUCACCCUUGGAGAAUGUCGUUCAGCUCAUUUCUGCUGUUGUGAUUAUCUUCGAACACUCUUUCUACAUUUUCGACAAGCGGCGCUAUCUUCAGGACAAGCAGGAGUCUGGUUCCUCAUUUCAUGUUGCUCUCGAGCAGUACAUGACUUCUCCGCAUGCAGCUACUGUCAGGGAAGCUGUGAAAGCUGUGAGGACUGCCGUCUAUCCAUAUCAGGGAAAACUGCCUUCUUGGAUAACGAAGUUACCAUUUGGAUCUUUCAAGAGGAAGGCAAAAGAGGCCAAGGAAUACUUUGAAUGGUCUCAGGCGACAGAAAAAAUAUCUUUGUGCUCUCGGGCGAAGGCGGAGUUAAUUGAAGCUGUUCUUGAAAUCGUUAUAAACCAUCGCCUGCCUAGACCUUAAUGUGGGGCAAUGCGAUAACCCAUCAUGAUUAAUGAUGCUGAGGAGGAGAGGAGAGGAAGUUCCUGGGCUAUCAAGGUUGCUUGAAAUGUUUGUCGAGAUAGAUUUCGGGAUGUGGAACUGUAUGAAUGAGUUGUAUGAUCGUGCGAUAUGGGGCUUUGUGUGGUAU